UUACGGGUGCUCGUGCGGCCGCUGCGGUAGCUGUUACGAAUCCAGUGAGUAGUGUGCUGUGGUGGCGGAUUUACUAUCACUGCUAAUAAUACCAGUACUUGCCAAUUUUGUGAGAUCGGAUUCUUCUGAGGUUCCUAAUACUGUCGCGGCUAUUAACACGUAGAGAUAAUCGAUAUUUACUGCAUACUGAACUCAGUUUCCGUAGUCGAGUUGGGGAGGUUACUAGACUGAGGGUGCAAAAAAAUUAUAUCGGGUCACCAAAAGAGUGUUAUGUUUGGUAUUGUUUCGUGAGAAACUGCCUGAACUACGAUAGGUACUGCUACCACCAUUCAAGGGACUAUAUAGUAGAGACCAAGUGUAAUUGGUUUGUUUCGUGGAUGUUGAUGUUCAUGGUGGGGGUGCUGUGUUUGUGCUCAGUGCUCUCUUACUCUGCGUGCGGUCAUACCACCUUACCGCUACCGCUGGCGCUGCCUAUGCUGUCUCUGUUGUCUUGCCUCACAUAGUAAUAAUAAUAAUAACUACCAAGGAUCAGUUGCCGUUGCUUUCCAUCAUCACUUUGCGACUUGUUUCCCUGUCGUCAUUGGCAGCUACGCAAUGACGAGCGAUGAAAAACAGAUCAUAAAGGAACUCGACGGCUGGAUCGAGCAGCUUAACGAAUGCAAACAGCUCACAGAGAAUCAAGUGAAACAGCUCUGCGAAAAGGCUAAAGAAAUAUUGUCACGGGAAAAUAAUGUGCAGGAAGUAAAAUGCCCGGUCACAGUGUGCGGAGAUGUACACGGUCAGUUCCACGACCUGAUGGAACUUUUCCGGAUUGGCGGCAAAAGCCCUGACACCAACUACCUUUUCAUGGGAGAUUAUGUCGAUCGGGGAUACUAUUCUGUUGAGACUGUCACCCUCCUCGUGGCCCUAAAAGUCAGAUUUAGAGAGCGCAUCACAAUUUUACGAGGAAACCACGAAUCCCGACAGAUUACCCAAGUGUACGGAUUUUAUGAUGAGUGCCUCCGUAAAUACGGGAAUGCCAACGUCUGGAAGCACUUUACUGACUUAUUUGACUUCCUCCCGCUUACUGCACUCGUAGAUGGACAAAUUUUCUGCCUUCAUGGUGGCCUGUCACCUUCCAUCGAUUCACUUGACCACAUCCGCUCGCUCGAUAGGCUACAAGAGGUGCCUCAUGAAGGCCCAAUGUGCGAUCUACUGUGGUCUGACCCCGAUGAUCGGGGAGGAUGGGGUAUCUCACCCCGUGGCGCAGGAUACACGUUUGGUCAGGAUAUUUCGGAAUCAUUCAACCACAGCAACGGCUUAACACUGGUUGCUCGCGCUCACCAGCUUGUCAUGGAAGGUUACAAUUGGUGUCACGAUCGAAACGUUGUUACUAUCUUUUCGGCCCCUAACUAUUGCUAUCGGUGUGGUAAUCAAGCAGCCAUCAUGGAACUCGAUGACUCGCUUAAGUACUCUUUCCUUCAGUUUGACCCUGCACCGAGACGUGGUGAACCGCAUGUUACCCGUCGGACACCUGACUACUUCCUUUAAGCAAAUAUCACUUAUUAGCCCGGCCAGCCAUGGGCGCCUAUGUGCAAUUGGCACUGGAUGCUCGCCGUGGAUUCAUGAGCUUGGAUUAUUGGGUUCAUGGUUUUGGUUGGCAGCAGGAGAAGAUUAGCGACAACCGGUUGGCGAAGCGCUAAUAGGGCCUGGUUGUAUCUCGUUCAUGUCUGGUGUGUCUGGAGCAUCAAGCAGUAUCUUGUUGGUGGCCCUUUUGGAAACCGUGUGGACAUAAGCAACAUGUGCGCGUUGUGACACAAUGGGAAACACACGAGUGAUCGGUCAACUUUGAGUAAUUAGAAAAUGGCAAAGGCACGACAUAAGACAGUCGGGAGAGGCGCAAAAGGCAGGAAAAGUCGAGGCCUUGCUCUGUGGUGGGCUAGAUAUGCAAGACGUUGGUGGACAGAAAAAAGAUAAAGAAAAGGACAAGUAAAAAUUAAAGACUCCAAUUUAAACGAUGACGUUUUGGGAAUAGAGAGCACAUAUACGCAUAUUAGGAUGAAAUGCAAUUAUAUAUAUAUAUAUUCCUAAGAAGGGACAUUAGCUGCUUCGCCCCGCAAGUCCCGUUUGCCUGUCGUCGCGCAAGUUGCAAAACUAAGACAUCUAUGAUAAACAGCAACCAGCAACAACACCAAUAACAAUUAUUACUAUCACUACUACAGCAAGAAGAAUUUCAGCAAACAAUAGAAAAGGAAAAUUAACAGAGUCUACGUCGGUUCAGUGCAAAAGGCGCAAAAUAUAUAUACGAACGAAUGAGCAAGUAUUGUAUAUACAGUUGUAGAGCGUCGUCUGGACUCCAGAAUUUCAGGUCAAUGACGCACAGGUAGAACACGGCAUGCCAUGAAGUUGAUGAGAACAAAAUCGGUAGAAGAGACCUAUUACGCAUGAUCGUGCGUUUGUUCCUCUGACGAUGGCCAUCGUCAUCUAAAGUGAUCUAUCGAUUGACCGAUUAUCCAUUUGGGACUAAAUGUUGGAUUGAUUUAUAUUCAUUCUGUUGAUCGAUCCACGACAAUCGAUAGAACAUAUGUAAUUGAACAUUCAUUAUUUCGUAUGUAAAGUAUCUACUAAUUAGUAAUGAUUUGCUAAUUGUUGUUGUUAUUAGUAUUACAAUUUAUAUAUAUUACUUACUCUCAUAUUUUUUCUAUAACUAUCCUUAUUAUUAUUAUUACUAGUUUUCUGCAUACGAAAAGGUACGUUGUGGACCGAUUACCAGACAUGAAGACAAUCUGAUCCAUUUAAUUCCCUACUAUAGAUUAAUCGUAAAUUAACUGAUGAUGUAGUUAACAUUAAAUGGACGGAAAGCGAGGGCUUAAUGGACCUUGAGUUUACUGAAAUGGACAUACUAACGUUCAGAAAUAAGUAACACGUGAAUAGAAAAACAUCGACAAAAUCGAAAAAAGAGAAGGCGGAUGAAUGUAGGAGUUGAAGGGCGAUAAAACCAGAUAAAUUGAACAGAUGACAGAUAGAUGGAGAAUUGUGAUGACGAAGAGAUGAUAGGCAGUAAACAGAAGUAGAGAACCUGGUGGCACAUAACGUGAAUAGGACAAAGUGAGGAACUAACAACCGUAUAAACAAACUGAUGAAGUUACAAAGAGGGGGGCGUAAUUGAGCGAGAAUCUUCAUACGUAAAUUUCUGUGUAUGGAUGUGUGUUAAGGGUGUUGCUGAUUGAAGUGGUGUGCCUUUACUGCGAUGAGGUGGUAUGGGCUGCUUGGUUAUUGGGGACAGGGGGGGGGGGACGACGACGACGACAAUGGUAUGAACGUAUGUAAGGGAAGAUCAAUAAUGGCUUCAAGCUGGUAGUUAGGGGUGGGUUCAUAUUAAUUACGUCAAUACACCGAAAAUAGAAAAACAGCAACAACAACUACAACAAUGAGAAUGUGAAUUAAAUCAUCAAGGAAAACAAAAUACUGCGCGAUAUAUAGCGAUGGAGGAUGCUGCUAAUAAAAAUAAUAAUAAUAUGGAUCAUAAUGUCACCAAUACCAUAUGAUCACUCUGAACAAAAUGGAAUUAAAAUCUGAAUUUGUACGGUUGAAAAACGUACACUACAAACGAAAACCCAUUCAGGUUAAAGGAAUCAUUUACACCAAGAGUGACAUUGCCUUAUUGACAACUAACAGCAACAAAGACAAAAUCAAUGAAAACCAGAGUAAUAAAGAUUGUAAAACAAAGCGCAGCAAAAUGAUGAUAACAGAGAUUGUAACAGAGCGUAACAGAUUUACAAGAUGGAAUGUAUGGACUGUAGUCCAAAAGACACUAUACAAAGGAAAAGACAAGCAGCAGCAGUCGACAGGCAAAUGAUAUAAUAUCAUAAUAAGAAUAAUAAUGGAUAAGGCCUGCAUGGUGGUGAUGCGUGACGACGAUGAGGAUCAUUACAAAUGGAGCUGAGGAUAAUGAUAAACGGUAAUUAACGACGGCAUAACAAGCGACAGCACCACAAGGCAGGUAGGAGCGGCUUGCGGCUCUCCUUGAAUGAUAUAAAUUCUUUGUUUUAUUUAUAAAUGAAAUGGUAAUAAAUGUGUAAAAUAGUAGGAUCCAACA